GUCAGCUGAUGUCACAUGACUCGAGCCGCUUCCUCUUUCAGACUUUUUUUUCUAUCUCCAGCAGGAACACAGACUCAUCAUCCUGACCGUCGGAUUUGUCCCGCAGCAGCGCAGAGAUGUUGUCCCUCUUCCACCGGCUCCUCGACUGGAUCAGGUCGCUCUUCUGGAAGGAGGAGAUGGAGCUCACGCUGGUGGGCCUUCAGUACUCCGGGAAAACCACUUUCGUCAACGUGAUUGCUUCUGGUCAGUUCAAUGAAGACAUGAUCCCUACAGUCGGCUUCAACAUGAGGAAAGUCACCAAAGGGAAUGUAACAAUAAAAAUUUGGGAUAUAGGUGGGCAGCCGCGGUUUAGGAGCAUGUGGGAACGAUAUUGUCGUGGCGUCAACGCCAUUGUGUAUAUGGUGGACGCCGCAGAUCGUGAAAAGGUGGAAGCCUCAAGAAAUGAACUACACAACUUGUUAGACAAACCACAGCUGCAAGGCAUUCCUGUACUUGUCCUUGGCAACAAGAGAGACCUCGCCAGCGCACUAGAUGAGAAACAACUCAUUGAAAAGCUAAACUUGUCUGCCAUUCAAGACAGAGAAAUCUGCUGCUACUCUAUUUCAUGCAAAGAGCAAGACAAUAUAGAUAUCACAUUGCAGUGGUUGAUCCAACAUUCAAAAUCUCGGAGAAGUUGAGAACAGAUCUCGUCCCACCUGUUCAGUCCAAUCCUGCUCCAGUUCCAGAUCCCGACUCUGCUCCGUGCUCCUCAGAUCAGCCAACCCUUCCUGUGACGCAGUUCCUCCCAGCCGCAUCUGUCUGUCCUAUUCAUUCUCUAUCACACACAGACUUUCAGUAAAACACCUUCACUGGUGGGCCUCAGAAUCAACUCAUAAUGUAUUAUCAUUCAACUUCUUUGUUGUUGUUGUAGUAUUUUAUUUUUUCAAGUUUAAGCUGAACCUCUUUUGACCAUUGACAAAGCUUUGAGUGUCAGGGGGUGUUGACAUAUGACACAGUUUGAUACUAAAAACCUUGUAUGUGAUUUGCCUAUUCUUUUACACAAAAACAAGCUCUGAAUACUGAUUUCAAAAUGCAAGUACUUUAAAAAAAAUGGUAUCAUUAUGUCUCCCUGUAAACUACAAAAAUGCAAUUUUUGCAACAUUAUGCAAA